GAAUUCCAUCAUCAAAUGCCUGGUAAUGAUGAAAAGGGAUCAGUCAGGUCAGAUUUUGCAUGCGUUGUUAUUUCGCAUAUCACAAAGAAGCAGUACCCCUUUUUUAUCUUGAAGUUUGAAAUUGGUGGUAUGCAGGCCCAUAAAGAUUUUGCAGUUGUUGUUGCUAAGGCUGCCCAUGCUUUAAACUGCAUACUUUCAAUGCACAUGCUUACGGAAUUGAAAAUAUCCUUGAUCUGA